AUCGUUCAAGCUCGACGUCCAUAACAUCGCCAUCGAGGUCCUAAGUACAGUAUAUGGAUACGUGUGGUUUUGUAUGUGUACUAACCUGAUAUCUAUUCUAGUCAUGUCGCCGUUCAUGCCGUCUUGCCAGGUGCUAGUGGUCUCCAAUACCUGACGUCAACGGUAAUGUCAAUUUCAACAGACACUAUAUAGUCUCCCCUGCUACAUUGCAGCCUACAAUACCACCUAUUAUACGAGAAUCGCGUCUUGACCCAUAUAAACUGCUUUGAUUAUGCUUGCUCAUCCUUUCGUACGUUUUGCAUCCUGCGCACGCUCAACCGUAUCCUCUUCCCGUCUCCUAUCCACAACCUCAUCCAUUAAACUACCGCACAAGGCUCCCCAUGUCCUUCCUUUUUCAUUCCUCCCUGCUAAUUCCCUAGAGCCCAAGGCCACCCGUACCAAAGGCCUCACAGAAAUUCGUGGUCCGUAUUAUGCACCUGUCACAAACACGUACCUCGACGAGCUCUUGACCGACUGGGGCGAAUAUGUGGACGGUGUCAAGUUUGCCGGUGGCGCCUUCUCCUUGAUGCCUGAGGAUAGAUUGAAAGCAUUGAUCGACACCGCCCACAAGCAUGGAUGCUAUGUCAGUACUGGAGGUUAUAUCGAGCGUGUCUUGGCUGCGUCAAGUGGAAACAAAGACGUCGUGUCAAAAUACCUCACUACUUGCAAGAACAUGGGCUUCGACGUUCUCGAAAUAUCCUCCGGAUUCUUGUCCAUUCCAACUGAGGAUUGGGCUUCCCUGAUCGAAUUCACCCUUGCACAUGGAUUGCAGCCCAAGCCUGAAGUCGGCAUUCAAUGGGGCGCCGGAGGUGAUGCCUCUAUUGCCGAACUCGAGUCCGUUGGUACUCGCGACCCCAAGUGGCUCAUCGACCGAGCCAAAUUGUUCCUCGAAGCGGGAGCACAUAUGAUCAUGAUUGAAAGCGAGGGUAUUACUGAGAACGUUAGAUCGUGGCGAACGGACGUUAUCUCAGCUGUGACGUCAGCUCUUCCGGCAGACAAGAUCAUGUUCGAAGCUGCUGAUCCCCCUGUCUUUACUUAUCACAUCCAAAACCAAGGCGCACGAGCCAAUCUGUUCAUUGAUCAUAGUCAGAUAGUCCAGCUUGCUUGUUUAAGGCGAGGAAUCUGGGGUACUGGUAGUACCUUCGGGAAGAUUGUUACAUUCGAAGGGACGGGCGAGCAUGGCCAGUCGGGCAAGAACUAGUCGCAAUAGGCGUCAGUGUACAUCUACCAUACGUCGUUGCGUAAAACUGUAGGUUGCCCGAGAAAUAUUCCAUUACACUACUCAAAUGGCUGAGACCACAUCGAAGCCUAGCUGCUGUCUCGCGUGGUGCCACUCCAGCUGUAUUGACCUGUCGAAUGCCCUACUGACACGUUCCUUCUCCUCCUUGCUCGCAGACGUACCGACAGGUAUCUCUUUCGCAGUCCACUUUUUCUCGGUCUGCGUCCGACUGAAGUUAAUGCACCGGAAGCUGGGCCUGUCCAUUGAUCGAAGAUGGGGCGGCAGAAUGAGUGGGCCAGGCUGUACUAGGAUGCUAUGCGUACGGAAGGAGUUAUGGUGAAAAUCUUGAAAGUGGAGACGAAUGAUGAGGCUGUAGCAUUCAGCACUACAAAACGAUGGAAACGUUAGAAACAAAGACACCGUAGGGACAUGUAAGAUAACACACCGUUGGUCAACGCUCAUCUCCUCCAGGUCAAUCGGCGUUCCACAGUCUUCCAUGAGCAGGAUCGGACUACGUCUCUGCCAUGGCCACAGUAACUUGCCAUCCGCAUCCCGCUCCAGUUGUUUAGACUUCUUGUCUGGAACAUAGAACCCAAAGAACUUGGGUACGACUUGGCAACUCGGCGUAGGAGUUUUCACAAAUGGUGUCAAGACGUGCCAUCCGCAAUACUCUUCCGUGAAAAAACCUGGGAAUGUAUUGUAAAUAUCACCUUCGUUGUUGAGAAGUUCUCGAGCAUGUUUCUCCGGCAGAGAUACUUUCGCUGCCACGCGGACGACGCCUGGACGGACUGAAGCGGAGUCGUAUGUCGAUAGAGGAGGUGGAAGUUCUAAAGGCGCAGAAUAGACAUUGGAGUGACGGCCAUUGCCUAGAAUGUUAUCCGGAUUGAGGUAUAUAUGAGCUACGUUGUCC